AUUUUAUUUCUAGCAAUGAAAACAAAUGUUAGCGACUUUUUAAUUUUUUUCUCCACUCCGAGGCUCAAACUCCAAAGUGGCCCACAAAUCAAGACUUUCCUCCCUCACAAAACCAAAACCAUCCCCCCUUCCACUCUCGCCCCCCUUUUUUCUCGCCUUUGUCAAUUUCCCCCCAAAAGACCCCCCAUUUUCUCUCUCCUCCCCUUCCCGACCUCCGCAACAAUGGCGAUUCCCGACAACCUAACCAGAGACCAGUACGUCUACAUGGCGAAGCUCGCCGAACAAGCCGAACGCUACGAAGAAAUGGCGAAAUUCAUGGACAAGCUCGUCGUCACCACCACUUCUUCCGGCGGCGAACUCACAGUGGAAGAGAGAAACCUCCUCUCCGUCGCCUACAAAAACGUGAUCGGAUCUCUCCGCGCCGCUUGGCGCAUCGUCUCCUCCAUUGAGCAGAAAGAAGAAGGUCGCAAGAACGACGACCAUGUCGUUUUGGUCAGAGACUACCGCACAAAAGUUGAAUCUGAGCUCUCUGACAUUUGCGCUUGUAUUCUCAAGAUUCUGGACUCCAACCUCAUUCCUACUGCUUCUGUGAGUGAGUCCAGAGUGUUCUAUUUGAAGAUGAAGGGAGAUUAUCAUCGUUAUUUAGCUGAGUUUAAGUCUGGUGAGGAGAGGAAAUCUGCUGCUGAGGAUACUAUGGAAGCUUACAAAAAUGCUCAGGAAAUUGCUGUUACUGAUUUGCCACCAACACAUCCCAUCAGAUUGGGUCUUGCUCUCAACUUCUCAGUGUUCUACUAUGAGAUACUCAAUGCUGCUGAUAAAGCUUGUAGUAUGGCCAAACAGGCAUUUGAGGAAGCCAUAGCAGAGCUGGAUACAUUGGGUGAAGAAUCUUACAAGGACAGCACUCUGAUCAUGCAACUUCUGAGAGACAACCUCACCUUGUGGACAUCAGACCAGGAUCAAUUGGACGAAUCAUAGAAGACGUAAAGCCCUGGUGAAUGUGGUUAAUAGGUUGCGUUAAUUAUUUUGUUUCUUGUUUGAAGAUGUUGCCGUCUUGUUACAUGGUAUUCACGUAUUGCACAUGAAACUAUGUUUCAUUUUGGACCCCUUAUAAUGGAUCUUCUGUUAUUUUA